UUUAUGUAGUAAACGCGUAGGGGAUGAUGGGAAUUGUAGUUCUUCAAAUUGCCUUACGUUAAGCUUAGUAGAAGCGCGUGGAAGUUGAAGUGAAAGUCCGUGUGCGUUCAACCGCACAAUUUCUCGCGUUUUGCGUUUUAUGAACCUGAAAACACCUGCUCUAAUUUCCACAUAGAUGUGCGAGAAACCUAUUUUGUGUGAUACAAAGUCCUCGAGCGGGAAUAUGGAUUCUGUACAUUGCUGGAAUGGAGCAAAAGGUGACCAGAUCCCCACUAGGGCUAGACCCAUGUCAGACACCUUAUCCAAACUGGCCCAACUGAUCACUUGCAUCGAGUACAAACCAAAACAACAGCGCUCUUCCUUCAUCUGCAAAGACUGCGGCAACAAAUUCUCCGACCAGAAGAGUCUUGAGCGUCACCAGAAAAGAGAGCACGCCCUGCAAAAGCUCCAUUGCUGUCAACAGUGUGGGCAAAAGUUUGCUUUGCUCUCUAGUUUGCAGCUACACAAAUGUUCUCACACCUCAUCCAUGUGCCAGACAUGCAUGGGGAAACCUCAGAGGGGUUCUUCUUGCCCUUCCUGCGGGACUGAAUCUUCAGAAGAUCCCUUCUAUCAUGACAAUAGCCCCUAUGCGUGCGCUCCAUGCGGACAAGCCUUCAGCCACAAGCAAGAGCUGCUGCACCACCAGCAGGCCGGAGGCUGUCAGCCCGCCAAGACUCCCAAACCUCCUCCACCUUCAGAUGACUCCUUGCCUCCGUCUCCUCCAAGUGCCAACUCAUCUCCUACCACAUGCACUUUGUGUCACAAAACGUUCCGUUCUUCUGCUGGACUUGGUUGCCACAUGCGCUUUUCCGAUGUGCACAUGAAAAGCAGCACAGAGGUGAAAACAGAUGUCAUUGUAAGUACGUUGAAGAAGAAGAAGAAGAAAAAGAAGAAAGAAGUUCUCAUCUCAAGUACGUCGUUUCCAUGCCGUUCCUGUGACAAAUCAUUUCCUAAGACAUCACUCCUCCAUCAGCACAGGAAAGAGGAACACCGGCGGGAGAUAAAGGUGAGGAAGCUGCAGCGAACCUCUUUGAAGACCACCAGGCAAAGGCGGAAAGGUGAAAUAUAUCCAUGCCUCCAUUGCGGAAAAGAGUUCCUGCACCAUCUGACGCGUCGGGCGCAUUUUAGACACUACAGCUCUCACUAUCAGACCCACCUCAAAUUGAGCGGCAAAUCAUCCGGCGCUGACGCACCUGUGUUCCACCCAAAGCCAGCUAAGGAGCUCGGACCUCCCCAAGAAAAAAGAUCAAGAGGUAGACCUAGAAUCAAAAAUCUACCUGUUUUGAUGGUAACCAAGCAAAAGGAAGAAGAGCAACUGGAUGAGGAGGAUGAUAGUGAUGAAGACGAGGAUGCCGAGUACCCGUGUACGUCAUGCGACCAGGUCUUUAGUUCCAAAGCUAAGCUGCAUGUCCAUGAGAAAGUGCAUGAGGAAUUCCCAGAGGAAGUCCCCGAGGAACGCCAUCAACCAGCAGCCACGUGCAGGUGUUGUAGUGUGUGUACAGGUGGGAUUCCCCUCGCUGAGAUUCCAGAAGAUUGUGAAAAGAAAGUCUAUCACUGUGUGCCUUGUGCCGAGGCGUUCAUAGCCCUGAACGCUUUUCUAGAGCACUGCCAGACGCAUCUGAUCCGUGAAAAUGAAGAUGAAUUCAGUGAUGAUUGAAAGAGCUUCCAUUUUUUAAAGGAAUUGUUCACUCAAAAAAAAAAAAUUCAUUUUCUCACCAUCAUAUUCUAAUCAUGCUAACUGUUAUUAUUUUUUCUUACAGAACAUCCUUUUUUUUUUUUUUUUUAAGAACCAUUGCAUACAUUUAGAUAAAAAGCACCUUAAAAGUGCUUCUAAAAUGAAUAUUCUUUAAAUUUUUGUGUAUGCAUAUACAUAUAAUUAUGGAAUUGAAAUUAUUUGGUGAACUAUUCCUUUAAGAAUGAAAUCUCUGUCAUCAUUUACUCACCUAAAUGUUUGUUUUAACCGAAACCUUUUGAUUCCAAUUGACUUCCAUUGUAUUUUUGUCCAUUUAAUGGAAGUCAAUUUCAACUAAAACUGUUACAGACAUUUUUCAUAAUAUCUUCUUGAAUUUUUCACAUAAACAUGCUGACAUAAGGGCGAGUAAAUGAUGACCGGGUUGAAUUUUUUGGGUGAACUGUCCCUUUAAGGGCAGGGAAAUCAUUCUGCAGAUGUUUAGGCUAUCAGGAAUUUUUGUUUUUUGGUAAACCGUCUGAAUAUAAUCACACUUUUUUUUACAGGUUUUGAUUUCUGUGGUUCGUGAGGUAUAAUCGUGUACACAGGAUAACUCACUUCCACCAAUCUGAGCCAAACUGCCAGAAUAAAUAAUAGAAGCCUUUGAUAAGAUCGACAAGCCAAUUGCAUUUUGUCAGAUACGGGUACCUAAUUAAAACCACUUCAACUCAGUGCAUAGUUCUGCUUCAGGAUCAAUGUUCUCCGUACAUCUAGAAGUCAUAGUAGAAGUCAUAUCCAUUAUGUUACUGUGAGAAUAUGGUGAAUUUAAUAUUUUGACACAUACACAUACAUUAAUUAUGUUUUCGAGAUGGCCAGUGCCUUGCUGAAACACAAAACCAGCUUAAUGUAUGUGCUACUUCUUGUUAUUGUCAAGUUGGAGGAUAUAAUAUCUUUGUUUCUGCUAGAUUCGGCUACUGAAAAGUGUUUCAGCUUGUUUUAUUAUUUAGCUUUUUACUUACAUUGUGAAAUUUCUGUUUGUAUUUCGUAAACUACAUGAAACAAAGUAAGCCUUAUUCUUCGAAAGUUGUAGAAGCUUUACAGAUAGUAGCAUGCCUUAUAUACAUGAUAUUUUAUGCUAUCAGACCAAAUAUUAUUGCUAGUUUAAAUUCCUAACUUUCUUACUAGACUGGAUGAAUGAAUUAUGUGCUGAUAUGAGACCUCAGAUUAGGUGACUACAGAAACAAGUCCAUUAUAUUGUUUUUUUAAUUUGUAUAUCAGGGGUUCUUAACCUUUAAUAAUCUUCAUUUGUUUCUGAUGUCUUAUGUAACACUUCUAACAUUUUCUCUUCCUAACUCCAAAUAGGCUGCAGUGAUUUUUUUCAGCUCUGUUUUUUUGCACUGACCUUUUUUUUUGUCUUUGAACACUGUAAUAUUCACUUUAUGACUCAAACUGUAAAUGAUGUGGUGCAAAAGCGUAAGUGCAAAUAUAACUAUAUCCACCCCCCCCCCCCC